AAGAGUUGGUGGGGAUAAGUUGGAGGGCAGAAGAGAUGGAGGUCCUGCAGAGCGUCCGGCUGCUGUGUGUCUCUCUGAUGAUGAUGACGAGUGAGCUGAAGAUCUCAGCUGCUGCACAGAACAUUUGCUCCAACUCGACAGUGCUCCGCACUCGCACAAUAUGCCACUCCUGCACCAUCAGCCAGCUGUUCUUGUGCCCACCAGGAUUCAAACCCACGCCCAGAUCCAACGCCCAGGACUGCAAGUACUACAUCAACACUCCCAGCAUGAAGCUGCCCCUCAGUGGCUGCUCCAAGGAGUGCUACAAGGAGGUGGAAAUAAAGAGCUGCUGUCCAGGUUACUGGGGCCCCGACUGCAUCGAGUGUCCUGACCAGGCCGCCAGACCCUGCAGCGGCAGAGGCGUCUGCUCCGCUGGACUGGGAGGGAAUGGGACCUGCAGCUGCCAGGAGGGCUUUGCAGGAACUGCCUGUGAGGACUGUACACCUGGACGGUACAGCCCCACCUGCAGCUCAGUCUGCUCCUGUGUCCACGGCCUCUGUGCUUCCGGAAUAGUGGGCGACGGCCGAUGCACCUGUUUCUCUGGAUACACGGGUCCCAACUGUGACCAAGAGUUACCAGAGUGUGCAGCUCUCAGCUGCCAGCAGAACUCUCGCUGUAUUGAAGAAGCUCUGACGGGGCGGUUAGUGUGCCAGUGUCUACCCGGCUACCAGAGAGCAGGAUCCGAGUGUUUAUCCAUAAAUCCGUGUCUGCAGCGGGUGUGUCACGCUCAGGCCUCCUGUGUCCACACCGGACCAAACCAGCACCUGUGUACCUGCAAUGAGGGCUACAGCGGGGACGGGCGGGUCUGCAUGGCCAUUGACCCGUGUCAGACCGAUCGUGGCGGCUGCUCUGCUGAGUCUGCCCGCUGUGUGUACAAUGGACCGGGCAGGUCCCACUGUGAGUGCCUCUCUGGGUUUGACACUCUGUCGGGCGGUGGCUGCAGCCUAAAGAACUCCUGCACACCUGAUUCCUGCCACCGGAACGCCAACUGCAGCACCGUGGGACCUGGACAAGUUGAGUGCGCCUGUCUCCAGGGCUACAUUGGUAAUGGUAAAGUCUGCAUUGGGAACAUCAUGGAGCGUCUGAAUGACCUGAACACAGAACCAGGAGGCCAGUGGACGGGUCAGCUGAGCAAUGCCAUCACUCUGUUUGGAUCUUUGUCAUGGCCGCUGCAGAAUUUGGGUCCGUUCACCGUUUUCAUCCCGAUAAAUAAAGGCUUCAAGGGAACGCCGGUGAGGACUCUGAUAGCAAACAGGUCCAAAGCUACAUACCUGUGUAAGAUGCAUCUGGUCGCUGGGAUGAUGCAGUUUGACACACUGAAGAAAACUGAUGUCUUCUACACACUGACGGGAAAAUCAGCAGAGACGGACACAUCAGAGGGGGAUGCUCAAACCAAAAUCCGUAUCCAUGGCGGCAGGAAGAAAGGUGUAAUCAUCCAGUCUAAUGUUGUUGCAUCUAAUGGGAUCAUCCAUAUCAUCAAUAGGCUGAUGGAAAGCGUGCCUCCCAUCGUAGAAAGCAACACUGAGGAGAACCUGAUGAAGAUCGUUUCUGACUACGGCAAGUUUCAGACUUUCACCAGUUUAUUACAGAAAACUCCUCUGGCAUCUUUGCUGGACCAGCCGGGACCAAUCACUGUGCUUGCACCCACCACUGCAGCAUUUGAUGCAAUGAUUGAAGAACACCUGAAGUAUCUCAUGAGCCCUGACGGUCACAGCAAACUGCUGGAGUUUCUCAGGAACCACAUUAUCCCGGCCACCUCGCUGGAGAUCUACAAUGCUGUGUCAACCCCAAGAUACGUGACAAUGGCCAAUCAGGUUCUGACAAUCACCGUGAUGGAAAAUGGCCAGAUCUUGGUUAAUGGUGCAGCAGUGUUGGAGGCGGCUGUGGAGGCAAAAAAUGGACGUCUUUAUGUGAUGGAUGGAGUUUUGACUCCGCCCUCCAUCGAACCUGUGUUGCCCAGUAGAUGUGACAUCACAGAGACUAAAAUCAUCAUGGGUGAAUGUGUCGCGUGUUCAAAGCUAAUAAUGACCCAAUGCUCUUCUGGAGUUUUUACAGGCUCUUCCACAUUUGGAUGUUCUUAUAUUUUCACCAAGGGCAACCCAUCCGUUAAAGUCCCAGUGAAAGGCUGCUCUGCACACUGCAACUCAACGGUCACGGUACACACUUUAGUAAAACCGGCCUGCCCCUGUAUCCACGGGCAGUGUGAUAACCGUCCGGAUUCAGACGGUCGGUGUAAAGUGGACUCGUGUCAGCAGGGUUACACCGGUCCUUUGUGUGAUCGACAGACGGCCGCCUGCGGUGCUCAGGCUCAGUUUUGCCACGCACAUGCUGACUGUGACUUCAGCCAGGGAACAGUCAAGUGUAUUUGUAAAACUGGUUUCCAAGGUGAUGGCAUCACCUGUGUGGCGUCUGACCCGUGUGCUCCACCCCACCGAGGUGGCUGCAGCCUGAACGCUAAAUGUAUAAAGACAGGCCCUGGGACUCACGUCUGUCAGUGUCUGACUGGAUGGAGUGAGGAUGGGGAUGAGUGUCAACCAAUCAACAACUGCAACAGUCCUGACAGAGGCGGCUGCCACCCCAACGCCACCUGUGUCUAUGUGGGACCCGGACAGAGUGACUGCACCUGUAAGGCCGGUUACCAGGGCAGCGGGCAGGACUGUGAACCUGUGAACCAGUGUGUGACUGCAGACGGAGGCUGUCACUACUUUGCCAGCUGUCUCCUGCUGUCCUCUCAGUGGACGUGUGUCUGCGAUGAAGGAUAUGUUGGAAAUGGACACGUGUGUUACGGUACAGUUGAACAGGAGCUCAGUGUCCUGCCUGAGGCCUCAGACUUCUUCACAUGGAUGACUGAUUCGGAUCUGUCUCCGUCUCUGUCGGAUCAGAACCUCACCCUCCUGGUUCCAUCCUCAGCAGCCAUCAGCAAAAUGUCCUCAGAAGACAAAAACUUCUGGACGUUGAGGGGAAACCUGCCGAGUCUCAUCAGAAAUCACAUGAUCGCCGGUGACUACCCCUUAUCUAGCCUCUGGAACAUGUCGUCUGUGACGUCCCUUCUGGGAACAACACUUCGUGUUUCUACAAACGACGAGAUCACUUCUGUUGGUGGAGCUCUCAUCGGCACUUCAAACGUUGCUGCUACAAAUGGACUGAUCCAUUUCAUCGAUAAGGUUUUGGUUCCCGACAGAACACUGAGUGAAGGUCUGCUGGCCACGCUCGCUCUCAGGCCGGAGUUCUCACUCUUCAGAUCGUAUCUCAUCGAUUAUAACCUGACCAAUGAUAUCGAACAGGCUGACGAAUUCACCAUCUUUGCUCCGACAGACGCCGCCGUCACUGAGUAUCUGAAGAAAAUGGCAGCCACUGCCCUGGAUGUGAAGACGACUUGUUACCACGUGGUGGCAUCGCAGCGCCUGUUAAAAACAGACCUUCAGCUCGGAGGUUACAAAGAGACGAUGCUUGGGUUUUCCUUCCAGCUCGGCAUUUUCCCACGAGACGGAAAGCUGUUUGUGAAUGAUGCUCCGAUGAACUCCUCUGACAUCCUGAGCGGUAAAGGAGUGAUCCACGGUCUGUCAGCUGUUCUUCAGAUCAACAGAAAUCGCUGUGAUGAUCUCACGUACACAAAAGUCAUGGGGAACUGUGUCGACUGCUUAUUCCACCAAAACAAGAUCUGCCCCAAUGACACCAUCCCAGAUAAAUCGGUGAGGAGGACGAGAAAGUGCAUGUUCACCCGCACGUUUGAGGGCGAGUGGCUGCCGAGAGUCGGCUGCAGAGCCACCUGCCUCCAGAAGAAGAUCGAGCGGAGGUGCUGUGCGGGGUUUUUCGGGGAGCACUGCGAGGCAUGCCCCGGUCCAAAGGGUCGGCCCUGCUUCGGUAAUGGAGUGUGUGUGGACGGGACGAACGGGACCGGAGUGUGUCGGUGUAACGAAGGCUUCAACGGGACCGCCUGUGAAACCUGCCAGAGCGGCAAAUACGGAGUCCACUGUGACCAAGAGUGCGAAUGCAAGAACGGACAGUGUAACGAGGGACUGAAGGGCGAUGGGUCCUGCGAAUGUGACGUGGACUGGAGGGGAGUCCACUGUGACCAAAAGAUCGAAGCCAAAGCUGACGAGCAGUGCGGCUCGGUGAGAUGCCACGGCAGUGCAAACUGUGUGACCGGCUCGUCCGGCCCUCAGUGUAUCUGUGCUGCCGGCUUCAAAGGAAACGGGACUUUCUGUCAAGCCAUAGAUCCGUGCGUGGUGGAUAACGGUGGCUGCAGUCUGUACGCUCUCUGUAAGAGGACUCGACCCGGCCGAAGAGACUGUGUCUGUAACGCCGGCUACGCGGGCGACGGACUUGUGUGUGUCGAGAUAAAUCCCUGCCUGAAAGGAAACGGGGGUUGCCAUGCCAAUGCAGACUGCAUUCACGUUGGACCGAACAAAACUUCCUGUGUCUGCAGGGAAUUUUACACCGGUGACGGGAAGAACUGCAACAUCAUCGACUUGUGCCGAAAGAACAAUGGCGGCUGUCAUCGGAAUGCCCGGUGCAACAUGACAGGUCCAGGCACUCAAAGCUGCACCUGCAGGCAAAAUUUCAUCGGCGACGGUGUGACCUGCAAAGGCACUGUGACGCGGGAAAUAGAGAGCCAUCGACACACGGACUUUUACUUUGGUCUGAUGAUAAUGGAGAUUUCCCUGAAUGGGCGAGGGCCAUUCACUGUCUUCAUUCCAGACCCCGAGGCCUUCAGGACAAACACUUCACGCGAGAUGAGACGGAAGAGAGAGCGGUACGCUAAUGUCCUGCGCAGCCACAUCGUCAUGUGUCACACUCUCCUGGCUGCUGACCUGAGCCAACCACGAAACCUGACAUCGCUGUCUGGACUCGUGCUGACCACCAGCAUCACCCAGGGCAGUGUCUUCAUCAACCAGGCAAAUGUGACAAAGAGCGAUGACCUCAGUGUGAAUGGAAUCAUCCAUGAAAUCGACAGGAUUCUGUAUCCUCCAGAUGUGGACAAAGACAGUUUUAUGCUCGCCCCUGAUGACUCUCAGCUGAACCUGACCGAUGUGGCUGCACGUCACGGUUAUCGAACCUUCUACAAACUGCUACAGGACACAGGUGUAAUGGACCUGGUGAAUGAUAUCAUGUACCAGCCGGUGACAAUCUUCCUGCCGUCAGACGGUGUCAUGGCAUCUCUGCCGCAGGAACAGAAGGACUUCCUGUUCCACCAACACAAUCGACCCCAGCUGAUGGAGUACCUGAAAUACCACAUCCUGCACAGCCAGAAGGUUUACGCUGAAGGACUGAUCUUCCUGGACUCGGCUCGGAGUUUGCAGGGUUCGCCGCUCUCCUUCUCCUGUGGUGGGACAGACAACAUUGGAGAAAUCUUCAUCAACAACAGGAAGUGUCGGAUUGUUCAGAGACACCUCAUCUUUAAAGCAGGCAUUGCCUACGGGAUUGACUGCUUGCUAACUCCUCCCAGCCUCGGAGGACGCUGUGAUGAACAAAGAACCUUUGACCUUCCGACAAGCUGUGGAGGAUGCAGCUUUUCUGCCACUCGCUGUCCUGCGGGAGGCAUUCGUAAGGAGGUUCAGAAGUGUGAUCUGCCCACCUUUUCCUUUGCUAAGAACACCGGCUGUCGCCCCAUCUGCACCUUUAACAUGUGGGAGCCAAAGUGUUGUCGUGGUUACUACGGACGAGACUGUCUGGAGUGUCCUGGGGGGGUCAGAUCUCCCUGCAAUAACCGUGGGAAAUGUGAUGACGGUCACCUUGGUAACGGUACCUGUACCUGCGACACGGGUUUCAGAGGCACGUCCUGUGAGCUGUGCAGUGAUGGAUUCUAUGGACCCACCUGUAAAGCCUGUAACUGCUCAGAGCAUGGGUCAUGUGACGACGGGUGGAAAGGUACGGGUUUGUGUUUCUGUGAGGCCGGAUGGACCGGAGACCGCUGUGACGUUCAGCAGACUGAGAUCUUUCAGUGUUCUCCAGCCUGCUCUCCAAAAGCCGUCUGUAAGGCAAACAACACCUGUGAGUGCCAGCCUUUUCAUGAUGGUGACGGAUUCACUUGCACAGUGGUGGACAUCUGUCAGAUCUGGAAUGGAGGCUGUGCUAAGGGGGCCAAGUGCUCACAGAAUGGAGGUAAGGUGAGCUGCACCUGUCCCAAAGGUCACACUGGAGACGGGUUCACCUGUCAGCCCAUCGACCCCUGUGCAUUAGGAGACAAUGGUGGCUGCCAUGAACACGCUGUAUGCACCAUGACGGCUCCGGGGAGGAGGAAGUGCAUGUGUAAGAACAACUACAUCGGAGACGGAGUGACCUGUGAGGUCAAACAGCUGCCUAUCAGCCGCUGUCUGCAAAACAACGGCCAGUGUCAUCGCGACGCCAAAUGCACCGACCUCCACUUUGAAGAUUCGAUGCUCGGUGUGUUCCACUAUCGUUCCAAGAAAGGUCAGUACAAACUGAACUACACGGCGGCUGAGCAGGCCUGCGCUGCAGAGGGAGGCCGCCUGGCCACGUACACUCAACUGGCCUACGCUCAGCAGGGCGGGCUGAACAUGUGUGCUGCUGGCUGGUUGGACCAGGCCCGGGUGGCGUACCCCACCACCUACUCCAACCCAAAGUGUGGCUUCGGACACGUGGGCAUCGUGGACUACGGCACCCGCAAAAACCUGAGCGAGACCUGGGACACCUUCUGUUACAGGAUGCAAGAGGUGAAGUGCGAGUGCAAACGAGGUUACACUGGGGACGGUUUCAGCUGUACUGGAAAUCUGCUGCAGGUCCUGAGAUCCACGCCGAGCUUCUCAAACUUCCUCACCCAAAUCCUGAACUGCUCCCAGGCUUCCGAGUCGGGGAAGCAGCUCGUGCAGCGUCUCAGUAACCUGACUGUCCAGUCCACUCUGUUCGUACCUGACAACAGCGGCCUGCCCGGCAACCAGACUCUGUCUCUGCGUGACAUCGAGUUCCACCUGUCGGAGGGUCAGGCUUUCCCUCUGAGCCAGCUGAAGAACGGCAGCCGGAUCAGAACUCGAGUCGGCAGACUGACCGUCCUCGGAGUCGCCGACCAGCUUGACCCGUCGGCUCUGUCGUUUCGUUACAUCAACGACCGCUUCGUCAGCGACUCUGACAUUAUGGCUGCCAACGGGAUCAUCCACGUAAUUCAGGGACCCCUAAAGGCUCCGGCCCCUCACCCACAGAUGCAUGUGGCGCACAAAGCUGGGAUGGGCAUCGGCGUGGUGCUGCUGAUCGCGUUGGUGGGCGGAGCCAUCUUUGUGGGAUACCGCUUCUACCGUAACAACACCAAACCCUUCCAGUUCCACUACUUCAAGGAGGAUGAUGGGGAGGAAGAAGCUCCGCCCACAAACAGCAGUCGCAACAUCUGUAACCCGGUGUAUGAAGCGGCGCCAGCGGCUGGCGAGUCCGGUGCGUCGGCGGUCACGGUGGACGACAAACACGAGGUGGAGAACGCAGGAAGUUACGACCUGCUGCAGAUCAGCUGAGAGGAAAGUGGAACCUUGGCUGAUGUCUUUACCCCUCGGUGGACUGGGACGUCUGUGGCCAGCUGGGUCGCCGACACUGCCGGUGCAGACAAGUCCCGUUUCAGGCUUCUCUCUGUGAACUGAAGGACUGCUUCGCCCAAAACUUAAAGUUCGCCUAGCAGAGUUGGAAACAACACAGCAAUGCUUUUCAUUUUCUCUGCAGUCUCUCAUUUAUGAAAUGAUUCCUGUAUAAAAAAUAUUUUACUGCAGAUAUGUUUAAAUU